AUGCAAAACCUCACCGACCCACAUUUGGUUGGUUUACCGGACGAUGAAAUAUACAGACGGUACAAGCGCGUGCUGUUUCGAGGCGUCUACGCCUCGGCCGAUCGAAUCACGGACGGACAGUGUCACCUAUACAUCGCGUGUGAGGCGCAGACGUUUAACGCGCAGCUUCCGUUCACGCGCGGGCUGAAGGCUGAAGGUAGAGAUGACACGGCAAACGCCUCGGCGUCGAGAGCGCGGGCGUUCGCGAGCGAAGAUUUUCAUCUCUUGGGAUACAUCAGCGCGUUCACGAAUUUACGCGCGCUACAGAUGCACGCCAACGCAAGUUUACGAGGGAAACGGGGGUAUUAUUACAUAUUGCAGGUGGACGCCGCGAAGUUCACGGUGGUGGAUGACGUCACGGUUGACGACGACGCGGAGGAACCGAUGGCCGCCGCGGACGAGGUAGUAUUGGAUGACACGUGGGGGGCGGCGAAGGGACACGGGAAUCGAGUGCGCGUGCACGGCGUGAUUAAUGUCGAAGCCAUAGAGCGGAUAUGGGUCGCCGAUCGAGAGGGGCACAUGGGCGAUGAGGGGCAGUUCAAAGAUGUCACGGCGCCGGGCGGGCACAACGUGCCGAAAGAACUCGCGGUAGAAGCGCCGCCCGCGACGGCUUGA